GGAAAGCAAAGCUGUGUUAGGCUCUGACAAACUAAACUAAAGAAGGUAAACGAAAAAAAAAGAAGAAGACAGAAAGGCUGAAGAGGAUAUUGGUGGGCCUUGGAGCCCAAUCAAAAAUCAGUAUGACAGACAAGAAAAUCAGCCUACCCGCUAAGCUGAUUAAUGGAGGUGUGGCCGGCCUGGUUGGUGUGACAUGUGUAUUUCCUAUUGACUUGGCCAAGACACGCCUCCAGAACCAGCAGGGCGUCAAGGUCUACAAAGGAAUGCUGGACUGUCUUGCAAAGACGAUACGCUCGGAAGGCUAUUUUGGAUGCUACAGAGGUGCAGCAGUAAACCUCACUUUGGUAACACCAGAAAAGGCCAUUAAGUUGGCAGCCAAUGAUGUCUUUAGACAAAAGCUCUCAAAGGAUGGGAAGUUGCCCUUGUGGGGAGAGGUACUGGCAGGCUGUGGGGCUGGGACUUGUCAAGUUGUGGUGACCACUCCAAUGGAGAUGCUUAAAAUACAGCUGCAGGAUGCAGGAAGGCUGGCUGCUCAGAGACCAGCGCAGGCACCUGCGCAGACUGUAGGUCCAGCUCCAUCACUUGUGUCGUCAGUGCAGCCGGCCCCUCCCCAAAGGCCCUCUGCUACCGGCCUCACAGUGCAGCUGCUGAAGACCCACGGUCUGGCCGGCCUCUACAGGGGAGCAGGAGCUACUUUAAUGAGGGACGUACCAUUCUCAAUGAUCUACUUCCCACUCUUUGCCAACUUGAAUGCUUUUGGCCGGGAAAGCCACAGUGACGUGCAAGGUCGAGCACCCUUCUGGCAGUCCUUUGUGGCAGGCUGCAUGGCUGGCUCCAUAGCUGCUGUAGCUGUUACCCCAUUGGAUGUCAUCAAAACUAGAAUACAGACCUUACAAAAAGGAGAAGGGGAGGACACUUAUCGAGGAAUAAUAGACUGCACAAGGCGCAUCAUGAAGAGAGAGGGCCCUUCAGCGUUCCUGAAAGGAGCAACAUGUCGUGCUCUAGUCAUCGCUCCACUGUUUGGCAUUGCUCAGGGCGUCUACUUCCUCGGUGUAGGGGAAGCGGUUUUAGGGCUGCUGGAAUAGCCCUGCGGGAGGAUGAAGGAUGUGUUGCAUAAAUUGCUCUGCCUUGAAGUCACACCGAUGAGAUAAGCACAUGGGCAGAAUUUGUGGUUGACCAAAUGAAGAGUGUGAUCCAUUCUCGUGUCUAUCCACCAAAAUGGAUCAGCUUGUUUACUUCACUUAAAUGGCUGUUGUAUCGGUCAAACAGGGCUGUUGAGCAGAGUAUGUGGCUCUUCCAAG